UAUAUUAACGCUCGGCUCGUGGCGUUGUUCGUACAGAUGAGUGAUAACGCUCGUGUCGAAGCUAUAUAUCAGACCCAUAGCGAUCUCGUUAAAUGUAAUAGUGUGUGUGUCGAUUGAUUGAGAAAGUUUAAAGACUCGAUUGGUUUAAAGACUCGAAAACUCGAUUGAUCAAAAUGUUGCUGUUGGUACUUGGGACGGUUGUCGCUGUGUGUCUAUUUUACUAUUUCAUAGUAAAGCCCUUCGAUUAUUGGAAGGACAAGGGUGUUAAGCAAGGAAAACCAGUAUGGAUAUUUGGUGACAAUUGGGGUACCAUAUUGAGGAAACAAAGUUUCUCUGAAAUGGUUGAAUACGUUUACAACCAGUGUCAGGGAGUCAGAUACUCUGGUAUGUAUCAGUUCUUCGUGCCAACAUUAGUGUUGAAAGACCCAGAUCUGAUAAAGCAGAUAACAGUUAAGGAUUUCGAGCAUUUUACUGACCACAGGGCUUUCAUUCCUGAAGAUGCUGAUCCCCUCUGGGGCAAAAACUUGUUCGCUCUUAGAGGUCACAAAUGGCGCGACAUGAGGACCAUCCUCAGUCCCUCCUUCACCAGCAGCAAGAUGAAGGCCAUGUUCGUUCUAAUAUCGGAAUGCGCCGAAAAUUUCGUACAACACUUCCAGAAGAAAAACGAAGACGUUCUAACGAUAGAGUUUAAGGAUACAUUCACUCGUUUCACAAAUGACGUGAUAGCCACUACAGCUUUCGGAAUUCAAGUCGAUUCCUUGGGUCAGCCGAAGAAUCACUUCUACUUGAUGGGGAAAGAAGCCACGGAUUUCAGUGGCUUGUGGAAGAAUUUAAAAUUUUUCGGAUAUUUCCUAUUUCCAAAACUUUAUAACUUGCUGAAGGUGAAGCUAUUCUCGGCGGAUGUGAGUCAUUUCUUCCGACAAAUUGUGGGAGACACUAUUAAACUGAGGGCAGAAAAAAACAUCGUCCGGCCGGACAUGAUCAAUCUGCUGUUGGAAGCAAGGAAGGGAAUCCAAAGACAGGAAGAAAAUGGUGUGAUUGACACUGGAUUUGCCACUGCUGAAGAGAGCGAUUUAGGUAAAUCUACCAAAGUGAUCAGGGAUAUAUCGGAUAUGGACAUCACUGCACAAGCUAUGAUAUUCUUUUUCGCCGGAUUUGACACUGUAUCGGGACUUAUGUGUUUCUUAGCCUAUGAAUUGGUCGCCAAUCCAGAUAUCCAGGACAAGCUAAGAGAAGAGAUUAAAACUACUUUGGAGGAAUGUGGAGGCAAACUCACUUAUGAAGGUCUGCUCAAAAUGAAGUACAUGGAUAUGGUGGUAUCAGAAACUCUAAGGAAAUGGCCAAUCGCCGUAGCUGUGGACAGGGUAUGUACAAAACCCUACACCAUAGAACCGACAAGACCUGACGAGAAACCUGUGCAUCUAGACAAGGAUGACGUGCUUUGGUUGCCCAUUUUCGCCAUGCACCGUGAUCCGGAACACUUCCCGAAUCCAGAACGUUUCGACCCCGAGAGAUUCAGCGAUGAAAACAAAGGCAACAUCAAACCCUACACCUACUUUCCCUUUGGUUUGGGUCCUCGUAACUGUAUUGGUUCUAGGUUUGCUCUACUGGAGACUAAGACUGUGAUAUUCCACAUUUUGAAGAGUUUUGAACUGGUUCCUGUCGAAAAAAGUAGAAUUCCUAUUCAGAUAUCUAAAAAGCAGUUCAACUUGACUGCCGAUGGUGGUUUUUGGUUCGGAUUGAAACGUAUCCGUGAAGUAUUCAAAAUGUUAAUGUUGAUACUUGCAACCACUGCGGCGGCAUUUCUGUUUUACUAUAUCGUGGCAAAACCGUUCCAUUAUUGGAAAGACAGGGGAGUUCAACAAGGAAGUCCGUUAUGGAUCCUUGGCGAUAGUUGGAAGUUCUUUUUGGGGGUGGAAGGUCUUUUAGAGAUGGCGCAACGCAUUUACUACCAGAAUCAAGGCACAAGAUACUCGGGUAUGUAUCAGUUUUUCCUGCCUAUUCUGCUAGUGAAAGACCCAGAUCUGAUAAAACAGAUCACAGUCAAGGAUUUCGACCAUUUUACUGACCACAAAAGUUUCAUUCAGGAAGAUAUUGACCCGCUAUGGAACAACAAUUUAUUCGCUCUUAAAGGUGAAAAGUGGCGUGAGAUGAGGUCAAUUCUCAGCCCAUCCUUCACCAGCAGCAAAAUGAGGACUAUGUUCGUUUUAAUAUCGGAAUGCGCCGAAAAUUUCAUUCGGCAUUUCCUGGAAAAGAACGAGGAUGUCGUGGUGAUAGAGUUUAAAGAUGUCUUUACUCGUUUCACAAAUGACGUGAUAGCCACCACAGCUUUUGGAAUUCAGGUGGACUCUUUGGAACAACCGAACAAUCCUUUCUACUUGAUGGGGAAGGAAGCUACGAAUUUCAGAGGUUUUUGGAAAAAAUUCAAAUUGUUCGGAUAUUUCGUAAUUCCUAAAAUUUAUAAGUUACUGAAUAUACAGCCGUUCCCCAAGGAAGUGGGUAUUUUCUUCAAGACUAUUGUAAAGGAUACGAUAAAAGUUAGGGAAGAGAAAAACAUCACACGACCAGACAUGUUGAAUCUACUGUUGGAAGCAAGAAGAGGAGUUCAAAAAUACAGCGUGAAGGAAAACGCAGACAUCGAUACAGGAUUUUCCACCGCCCAAGAAAGCAACUCUGUAAAAUCUGCGAAAUUGCCCAGAGACAUAACAGAUACGGACAUCGCAGCGCAAGCUAUGAUCUUCUUUUUCGCCGGGUUUGAUUCCGUCUCAAACAUCAUGUCUUUCUUGGCAUAUGAAUUAGCGGCCAAUCCAGAUAUCCAGGACAUGUUAAGAGAUGAGGUUAGGUCUACUCUAGAAGAAUGUGAAGGUAAACUCACGUAUGAAGGUCUUCUCAAGAUGAAGUACAUGGACAUGGUCGUCUCAGAAACCCUACGGAAGUGGCCUAUACUCCUAGGUAUAGACAGAGUGUGCACAAAACCCUACACCAUAGAGCCAAUAUUGCCUGACGAGACACCUCUGCGUGUAGAGAAAGACGUUAUGAUUUCUUUACCUGUGUAUGGUAUACACCACGACCCGAAAUAUUUUCCAAAUCCAGAACGUUUCGACCCCGAAAGAUUCAACGAUGAAAACAAAAGCGAAAUCAAGCCCUACACCUACUUCCCGUUUGGUUUGGGUCCCCGUAACUGCAUUGGUUCUAGGUUUGCUCUACUGGAGAUCAAAACUGUGAUCUUUCAAAUUUUGAAACAUUUUGAACUGAUACCUGUGGAGAAAAGUAGAAUUCCAGUUCAGAUAUCCAGAAAGCAGUUUAACUUGACCGCUGAAGGCGGUUUUUGGUUCGGACUGAAACGUAUCAAUGUAUAAAUGUUAAUGCACAAAAUAUGUUUAAGGCACAAUAAAAUAUAUUGUUAUUGUUUUAUAAAUAAAAGAAUAUAAAACAGA